UAACUUCUUCUUUUCAUUUCUUCUCUGUUCAAACAGAAGAGCCUUUGUUCUGUUUUAAUUUGAUUAUCUCUUUGUCUUUGUUUUUCAGUUUUAUUUGUUUUUCUUCAAUAUUUCAAUUAAUUCGAUGGAAUUUCUUGUUCAUACAUCAGUUCCAACAAUGUUUGACAAAGCAUCCGUGAAGACCUGUUCGUUAUUUUUCUUACUAUAAGUCAUUUUUCUGGGGAAUUUUCUCUCCUUUUCCAAAACAAUUUCGCAUUAACAUUGGAGAUAAAGAACACAAUCAUGUUGCAAGACGUGAUCUCGUCUCAAGAUCAGAUUUCCAUCGAUGAUAUCACGAGCCCUCUUAGUGCUCAAAUCUUCGAUUUUUGUGAUCCACAACAGUUUGAAGAAACUUUCAAUCAAUCAUCUGAAGUCAACUCUGUUUCAAACAUUCUUGACAAAUCUGGGAGCUUCCAAGACACUAACACGACCACAACAACUGAGAACAGUAACACCAACAUGAACAACAUAUUUCAAGAUGAUGAAGAUGACAACAAUAACGCUGAUCUGUCCAUAGUUUUCGAUUCACAUGAUGAUUUUGAAAACGACAUAGCAGCUUCAAUCGAUUUCUCAUCAUCCCCUUUGCAAUAUCCACUUAUUGAUCAGCUCCUUACAACAACAAAUCAAGACCAGUUUGAUUUCUCAUCCGGAACUCAGAUUGUUCAUCAGCUUCCUAACAUUCCACACUCUGGAGACAAUCUGGCUCUACCAGCGGUUUCUUCUAUAGCUCCUCCUCUAUUACCAUUAGGGGUUUUCGAAGAAGACUGUCUUUCUUCUGUCCCAAGUUACAAUCUUGGCUUAAACCCUAACCCUUGCUCUUUCUUUCGUACUUCCGGUUUACCGGCAUAUAUGAGCACCGGUUUAUUAUCUUCUGAUAAUAGUUCUGGUUUAUAUCCCGGACAUAUUCAUCUGGGACCAGAUUUCAACAAACCACGUGAUCAACUUAUGGAUUUUCAAACUGAUAAUGGUGGAUUAUUCUGUCCGGAUUCCAUCAAAGGCAUCUUUAAUCCAGGAGAUCUCCAGGUACUUAAUGGCGUCGAGAACCAAAGCCAAUUAGUGAUACCUCAAACUCAUCCAACAUUAGGACCGGUUGAGAUAACCGGUUUAGAAGAUUCCACGUUAAAUAAAGUUGUGAAACUCUCCCCUGAACAAAGAAAAGAGAGGAUCAAUAGGUACAUGAAGAAAAGAAACGAAAGGAAUUUCAGCAAAAAAAUCAAGUAUGCGUGUAGGAAAACAUUGGCUGAUAGUCGCCCAAGAGUUCGAGGAAGAUUUGCGAAGAAUGAUGAAUUUGGUGAACUAACUAAACAAGGUUCUUCAAGCCAUUAUGAUGAUGAAGACGGGGUGGGCUUAAAGGAUGAGGAACAAUUGGUAGAUUCUUCAGACAUUUUUGCACACAUUAGUGGACCCAAUUCCUUCAAGUGCAACUACUCAAUUCAGUCAUGGAUUUGAGUUUCAAGUCUUAUUAUAAGAUUCAUGUUUAUAACAUGAAUCUUAUAUAGUUAUAUAUAACUAGUACUCCUAUAGAGUUAUUUCUUGUUAAUUAGUAUAUGUGUUUUUGUAAUGCUGCCGUCAAAACAAAAUAACAAAAUAAAGAAAGAAAGAAUAAUGGGCCGCUUAGGUAGGUUUGGAUGAAUAAAACAGUUGUGAAGAAGGAUGUUUUUUCACUAAAAACAAUGAAUAAGCGAAGAAGAUUGUCUAACUACUUUACAUAGAACUUUGCGAAUUUUGUAGAUAUAUGUAGUGUCUUGUAUUUAAAAGAUAUGACAUAUGGAAUGUCUUUAAU